GAAUGCGGCGCCACCGUUUGAAGUGAUGGAAACAAGCCACGAAUUCCCCGCAGGAACAAACUGCGGAAUCUAGCAAGGACCCCUGUAUCCAGUCUUGAACUUUUGGAGCAUCAGGUUCCGGCUGCUGCAGGGGAACAGCUGGUCUUUUCGAUUCGGGGCAGCCUCAGUGUCAGAACCUCCAACACCGGAGACAGAUUUCUAUUCUUGAUAUUUCUAGAGUCGUUCCAACAAUUUCUACAGAUAUAGACUAGACCUCGGACUUCUCUCCUAUCUAGUCCACUCUUCUGUCUAAAUAUUUUCUGUUUACAUCCAUUACAAUUACCACGUUCUGUUUAAGCUUCCCACCGAUCCGACCCUGGCCGUCCUUUUUGUAUUUCUCCACACUGACCGACCCGACCACCCGCCUGUCCGCUGUAGAGCCAAAGUGUCCUUUUAACUGGUGACCACUGUUGAAAUCAGCCGGCACCUUUCUCGUUGGUGGUACUUACUUUACUUGAACACACUACGUGAGACCUUCAAUCCUCUUGUCGUCGACCCCAUCUUGCGACCGAGCAGAUAAGCCAGCCAUAUCGAUCCAGGAUGCGCUCGCCAUCGAGCUUCGCCGUGCUCGCUGCGGCUUUGGCCCAGGCGCAUGCGCAGUAUCUUGUCAAUGACCUCAGUUUUGGUUAUGGCCCCAGAAUAGCUCCCGAGGGGCAGCACCAGAUCCCAAACUAUGGAAUGCAAGGCCGACCUGGUCUUCCGGAAUUGCUCUCCAACAAAAUCAUCCUUACGCCAGUAGCCCCUGGUAACCAACGCGGUGCUGUCUGGUCUUCAAAUCAGCUCAACCAGCAGAACUGGAUCGCCGAUGUCGAGUUUCGUGCGAACGGUCCGGAGCGGGGUGGUGGUAACCUCAACAUCUGGCUGGCAAGGGACGGUGCCCAUGUGAUCGGGACCGAGAGCAUUUACACAGUCGGCAGGUUCGAUGGUCUGGCUCUGGUGAUCGACCAGCACAGCGGGUCUGGCGGUAUGCUUCGCGGCUUCCUCAACGACGGCACCACCGACUAUAGGUCCCAGCACAACGUAGACAGCCUGGCUUUUGGUCAGUGCAGCUUUGGUUACCGGAACCUCGGCCGUCCCACCCAGAUCAAGAUUCGGCAAACCGACCAGAAAUUCAGCAUCGAAGUUGCCGGGCGCCCAUGCCUCGAGAGCGACAAGAUCCGCCUUCCUCCCGGAUACAACGUCGGUAUCACUGCCGCCUCCGCCGAUACGCCUGAUUCCUUCGAGGUGUUCAAGCUUGUUGUUUUGACCGACGACAGCCAUCAUUAUGGCGGUUCUGACAACACCCAGCACCACGACAGCUAUGCAUCCCAUCAGGAGAACACCCACCAGCAAGACCAACAUUACCAGCAGCAACAACAGCAGGAGGAUCCCAAGAGGAAGAUGAACUUUGGCCGCGGAGGUCAGGCCAAGAUCGAGGAUCCCUAUGACAACGUAAUUCCCGACCAAGAUGCGUCCACCAUUUCCACUCAGCAAGCCCAGUUUGCCGAUCUGCACAACCGUGUCCAGAGCAUCAACCACCAUUUGUCCUCCAUCUUCCGCACUCUUGGCCAGAACCACGGUGUCGGGGAGCAACGCCAUGCCGAGCUCUCAUCCAUGAUCAACGAUGUCAAGAACUUCCUCCACCGCCUGGACAAGCUUGACGUUCUGGAGCAUCGUAUGGGAGAUGUCGAGCGCGAAUUGAGAUCUCUUCGGAGUGAGCUCAGCGGAAAGUUGAGGGAGAGCGAGAACGCCAUCAAGUACCACGUCAGUGACAAGCAUGAGGCGCUGCAUGAGCAUGUCAAGGAGCACGCCGGGACUGGACACACCAAGCUGAUUUUGGUGAUUAUUCUGAGCCAGGCGGUGUUGGCCGGUGCAUUUUACAUGUAUAAGAAGAGGAAGAGCUCGCCAAAAAAGUACCUUUAG